UCUGCUCACAAAACCCCCCUCCCUCCCAAACUAAAAAUCAUCUCUAUAUAUACGCCCACAAACCAUCCCCCAUGUAUCUCACCAAGUUUUCUCACAUUGCUUACAAACAAGUUAACCUUCUUCUCUCAUAGAAACAAUGGCUUUUAAGAAGAUCCUGCGUAGGUCUCUUUCCAGAGGGAAAGAAGGAACUUCCAUGUCUACAAAGGUUCCAAAAGGGUAUCUUGCAGUGUACGUGGGAGAAGAGCAAAAAAGAGGGUUCAUAGUGCCUGUCUCGUGCUUGAACGAACCCGAGUUCCAAGAAUUACUAAGGAGGGCUGAGGAAGAUUUGGGUUUGAUCAUCCGAUGGGUGGUCUCACAAUUCCUUGCAGCGAAGAUAUCUUCAUCAAUCUCACUUCUCGCCUUGUACCAUGAUGUUUUUCCCUUGUGCACUUGGUCACGAAGGUUCCCAUACCAUGUCAGGAUCACAAAUGAUUCAACUUCAAAGCCUACGCAGUUGGCUGCAGAAGCAAAGUUACAACCUGGGGAAAAAUCAAAAGAGCAGUGAAUUAACUCGCUGUUGAGAGAGUUUCAUGGUUGAGAAGCAUAUGUCUCAAAGGGGAAACAAGUAUUGUAAUUCUUCAUCUAAAGGAUGGUGACACAAGCUGCUCCAUUGUUGUGCUACUAAGGUCAAGCUCUCGAGCCAAGACACAGUUACACAAAACCAGGGCUGCCCCUAAGGAUUCUCGUCAUUCUUUGAUCCGGAAAACUGAAUUUUCGCACGGACUAUGUGAAUUGUAAAGUUUCAUUCAUUAAUGGACAUACAUGAUAUUCAAAUUACUCUUCUCUA